UUGCCCAUAAUCAAUAUGGCGGCGCAGGACGGCUUCGUCUGCCCUUCCCCAACAUGGCGUCCGGCCCCGCACCCAACGGCGGCGCUGUGGGAGGAGCUGCGCCUGCGCAGUGCCAAGGGCAAGAUGGCGGCGCUGCGGGCACUGGGGCGGCUGCGGGCACCUUCGGGGCUGCGGGCUGCGGCCGCGCGGCUCGGGCCCGGCCCGGCCCGGGGGGGCCACCAGUGGCAGCCCGAUGUGGAGUGGGCUCAGCAGUACGCCGGAGCCGUCAUGUACCCCAGCAAGGAGACGGAGAAGUGGGUGCCACCGCCCUGGAACGACAAGGAUCCCCUCGCACACAAGAAGCUCUCCAGCCUGACCAUCAAUUUCGGGCCCCAGCACCCCGCUGCCCACGGGGUUCUGCGGUUGGUGAUGGAGCUGAGCGGGGAGACGGUGAGGAGGUGCGACCCGCACAUCGGGCUGCUGCACCGGGGCACCGAGAAGCUCAUCGAGUACAAGACAUACCUCCAGGCUCUGCCCUAUUUCGACCGCCUCGACUACGUCUCCAUGAUGUGCAACGAGCAGGCCUAUUCCCUGGCCGUGGAGAAGCUGCUCAACAUCCGUCCGCCUCUCAGGGCUCAGUGGAUCCGAGUGCUGUUCGCAGAGAUAACCCGGCUGCUCAACCACAUCAUGGCCGUGACCACGCACGCGCUGGACAUCGGGGCCAUGACGCCUUUCUUCUGGAUGUUCGAGGAGAGGGAGAAGAUGUUUGAGUUCUACGAGCGGGUCUCGGGGGCGCGGAUGCACGCGGCCUACAUCCGCCCCGGCGGCGUGCACCAGGAUCUGCCCCUGGGGCUGAUGGACGACAUCUACGAGUUUGUGAAGAACUUCUCCAUCCGGGUGGACGAGGUGGAAGAGAUGCUCACCAACAACCGCAUCUGGAAGAACCGCACCAUCGACAUCGGGGUCAUCACGGCGGAGGAGGCGCUCAACUACGGCUUCAGCGGGGUGAUGCUGCGGGGUUCGGGGAUCCACUGGGACCUACGCAAGACGCAGCCCUACGAUGUCUACGACCAGGUGGAAUUUGACGUCCCCAUCGGCUCCCGGGGCGACUGCUAUGACCGGUACCUGUGCCGGGUGGAGGAGAUGCGCCAGUCCCUGCGCAUCAUCCUGCAGUGCCUCAACAAGAUGCCCGAGGGGGAGAUCAAGGUGGACGACGCCAAAAUCUCUCCUCCAAAGCGGGCAGAGAUGAAGACCUCCAUGGAGUCCCUCAUUCAUCACUUCAAGCUGUACACCGAGGGCUACCAGGUGCCCCCCGGAGCCACCUACACGGCCAUCGAGGCCCCCAAGGGUGAAUUCGGCGUCUAUCUCGUCUCGGAUGGCAGCAGCCGCCCCUACCGCUGCAAGAUCAAGGCGCCCGGCUUCGCCCACCUG